AGGGGUUCGUGCUGGGCAUGAGGAAAGGGAGGUCGGUGGCGCGGGAGGCAAAGAUUGCGCUUCGUUGCCCCCUUUCCUGAAGACCGAGGAAGGCCGUGUUUCCAACUCUCAACCCAAACCUUCCUCGGGCCGUGAGCGGUUUGUAUUGGCACAGAGAACGGGGAAGGCUUGACAGCGUUUCGCAUGUACUUUUAGGAUAUGAGGACUGCCACGUGCCCGUCUAGCAAGUUCCUGAUGCAGAGUGAAGACUUAAGUCCAAGGUCAUGGCAAAACAUCUGAAGUUCAUUGCCAGGACUGUGAUGCUACAGGACGGGAACGUGGAAGGUGCAUACAGGACCCUAAACAGAAUCCUCACCAUGGAUGGGCUCAUUGAGGACAUUAAGCGACGGCGGUACUACGAGAAGCCUUGUCGCCGGCGACAAAGGGAAAGCUAUGAAAUCUGUCAGCGAAUCUACAGUAUGGAAAUGGCUCGCAAGAUCAACUUCUUGAUGCGAAAGAAUCGUGCAGAUCCAUGGCAGGGCUGCUGAGGCCUGUGGAUAAUAGGCCCAGUAUGAAACCUAUCUAGUUGUUGUGUGUAUACUUCUUUUCUUUCCCCAACCCCAUUUUCUCUUCCCUAUCUUACAAUAAGCUCAAUCAUGUAUAUGCAAAAAGACCAGCAAAUAUAGAAAUAAUCCCACUAGUCAGCAAUGGACCCUCUCUUUUAUUAAGUGAAAGAAAAGGUGAGUUAGAAAGUAGUCUAGGAGUAAAAUGUUGGUUGCAAGGUUUGGUUGGGAGGGAGGCAUAGGGAAUUAUUGUUUAGUAGACAAAGAUUACAGUUUGGCAAGAUGAAAAAGCUCUGGAGAUGGAUGGUGGUGUUGGUUGCACAACAAUGUGAAUGUACUUAAUGCUGCUGAACUAUACACUUAAAUGGUUAAAAUGGUAAAUUUUAUGUUACAUAUAUUUUACUAUAAUAAACUUUUAAAAAAGUCUAGGAGAGGUGAGAAAAUUUUCUGAAAUGAAGUGGAAUGUAUUCACCAUAUCCUACACAAUUUUUAUGAAAUUCAAAGCAAUAUCUUAUUAUGGGAUAAGCACCUGUUAUUCUCUUUUUUUAAAUUAAGGUAUCAUUUAUAUACACUCUUGUGAAGAUUUCACGUGAAAAACAUUGUGGUUACUACAUUCACGCAUAUUAUCAAGUCCCCCUCCCGACCCCACCGCUGUCACUGUCCAUCAGCGUAGUAAGAUGCCACAGAGUCACUACUUGUCUUUUCUGUGCUCUAAGCACCUGUUAACUCUUUACUGAACUAUCCCUGCUCCCCCAGCUGUUAAGUAAAAGAAGGAGAGGAAGCAUGUAAUGUAUGUGAAAUUCUGCUUCUGAAACACCCAUUAACCAAAGUAGAGUGCUGGAAUCCUUGCCAAAAGGAAUCUUUAAGACAAAUCUAACAUCCUUUAGUUUUCCUUAAAAGAUGCUGAUGAAGGGAUGGAGAAGAAAAGAAGUAAAGCAGUAGAUGGGUGGUAGAAAAGAGGGAAUGGAGAAGAGCUGAGAGAGAAAGGCACAGAGCCAGAAACCCCCACAGAGACAGGCUGUUCACAGUAAGAUGCCACAGAGUCACUACUUGAAGGUGUGGUCUUCAAAUCAGCAUCAACCUCACCUGAGAAACUGUUCGAAAUGUAAAUUCUGGGACCAUACUUUAGGCCAUCUUAAUUGGCAGUUGGGGUUGGAACCCAGUAAUCUACUUUAACAAGCCCUGCGGGUGAUUGUUUUGUGUGGUAGUUUGAGAAACACUGCCCUAUAGUACUUGAGAGAUUCCAGGUGGAGGUCUCCACUACCACCCUACCUCUUCUCAACAGGCACUCCUGGGAAUGACUCGACAUCUGGGGGCGUCUGACCACUUCAGGAAGAUCAGCUGCUGUACUUCCUUUCCUGCUAUUUCCUCUGACCCUGGUCCCCUGACAGCCAAGCUACUAGUACAAAGAGAGUAGGUGCCAAUCCCUGAAGGAGAACACAGGGUAGGCAGAAGCUGUUAGCUGCCUCUUCUCACCCAGGCUGCAACCCUCAGCAUGGUAUUCAAAAAGAAAGUAAAAAGCCAACUCCUAAGCCCCCUACCUCGUCAGAUAGCUAGUGUUCAAAUUUGUCACCCUGUGGUAGAGUAGCAUGGCUUCAGAUUUCUUCUACCAUUGAUGUCUUUUCAGUAUCUUUUCUCCCUUUCACAAUGACCAUGCUUAACGAGUAAGCAGGUCUGCAAGAAUAUGUGCUGGAACCACUGUUCCUUGCCUAACAGGGCUUGAUUAAUAAGGCCCAUGGUGAACACAGCAUAUUAUAGGGUACUGCAAAGAAAUAGCUUAGAAGUAAAAGAUCUGGUCCUUGUCCUCUGGAAACUUAAAUAAUAGUUGGAGAAAUUUUAUGUAUAUACUGUUCAAUUUUGUUACUUUGCACAACAUUUUAACAGGUUAACAGGUUAGACAUUGAUACUUCUAUCCCCUUUUAAUCUCUGAAUUUGGUUUUUAAUGUGUCACAUAAAUCAUUUUGAGCCAUGGCAUGGUGUCAUCUCUUGACAAUUGCUGUUGCUAAAGAAUGAAGGCCUUUGCCAAAAUGGCAGGGGUAUGUUUGUGAUAGCAGAACCAGGGCUGUUACUUGGCAGUAUUCCUCUGAGUCUAAAUUGUUUUAAACUGCUUCUGAGCAUCCUCCAAAAUACUGAGGGUGGCUGAGAUCUGGAAUUUACUUAAUCUCUGAGAUUAUCCCCCGCUAUCCUAGUCUCGAGUCCUGACCAUUGUCCAUGUCCCCCACAGCAGUGAACAAUGAUAGGAUUUAGCAGAUAGCCAGUUGAGAGGGCUCAUGUAAAAGAAGUAACUGGCUGGUUACCUGAAGUUCCAAUCAGCUUGUGCUGUCAUGGCAGAGACCUAUUCCCUGCUCUGGGAAGCUAGAAGAUAACCUCAUGGUUGUACAAUGAGUAGGGACUGCCGUAAUCCUUGUAUCCUGGGGUUCAGGAGAGGGAUGGUUUGGUAUUUACCCAGUUACAGGGAGAUAGAUGCAAUGCCUCCUACCCUGAUCUCAGGCACCUGUGACAUCUUUCAGCCAUCCACUGGAUUGCCGCUGGCAGGGCCUGUUCAGAUUGUAAUUUAAGAAUCUUACGAUGUUCAGUGGUCUGGAAACAGGUACCCCUUUAAAAUUGGGACUCUGUUUUUGAUAUUGUACUUUAAAGUUUUCAGAAGUGACUAAAUGUAAACAAAAUGAAAGUAAUUUCAAAUGUAAGUACAAAAUGAAAACUUGUAUGGUAGGUGAAAAAACUAAGGAAUAAUAAGUCACUCUGUACUGACAAGGUGAAGUAAUGGAGUGAUGUAUUAAACAUAGGCAAUUGAAGGGAAAGGAAAUCGGCACUUCCGUUAUGUGCCUGCUACCUUACACACAGUUUUUUACUUAGUCAAACAGAUCUGGAUUCAAUCAUGAUUUUCACGUUAUUUAACAAACUCUAGUCUUCCCUGUAAAAUGAGGAUAAUUGUAUCUGCAGAUUUGUGGUAAGGAUUAGAUGAGAUAAUGCAUGUCAAGUACUUAGCAUAGUGUCUGGCACAUAGAAUUUAAAUGUUAACAAUAAUAAUUUCCCAGUUUUGCCAGUCAGAAACCUGAUCAUUCCUCUUCCUCACUAACCCAUCGCCUGCAUCCAUGCCACAACUCUAGUCCCAGCUACCAUCAUAACUCUGGGAUUAUUACAACAGCCAUUUAACUAUCUCCUUGUGUCAGUUGUUGCCCAGCCUGCAGUCCCUUCACACUUUGGCCAGAACAAUUGUCCUCAAUUGCAACCUUGAUCCUUUCACUUUACUUCUUACACUGAUAAUUGGUUUUCAUCGCUUUCAAGAUAAAAGUUCAAACUACUUAGGGCAUUCAAGGCCUUUUGUGAUUGAAUCCUACUUCUCUAGCCAUCUGUCUCCUCAGAUGCACUUCUGGAUGACACAACAUGAUGUGUUCCCUUCCCCUUGCCUGUAUUCCAACUCUUAGGAUAUUCUCUGAAAUGCUUUCCCUUAUUCCUUGGCCAGUUUCCCUUUUAUUCUCCUUUCUUGUGUCUUGAGUUUACCUUUAUAAGUUUAUUUUUAUAAUAUGUUGUGAUUUAUUAUUUAUUUGUCGUUCUUCCUCCGUUAGAUUUUCAGUUACUUCGAGGUUGGGUCUUUGUCUUUAUACCAGUGUAGUCCCAAUGCCUUGAACAAUGCCCAGCAUUUAAAUGCUCAAUGACUAUUUCUUGAAGAAAUACAUGACAAUAGCGAUAUAUGACAUAGAUUUACAAUGUGCCAGGCACUGUAUUAAAUUUUUUUUUAAGGCUCAGCCCAGGAGAACAUGAGGUCACCACAUCAACUGGGAACUAAACUUUUUUGUGUGUGAUAAAAUAACACAUAACAAAGCUUACCAUUUUAAUCAUUUUUAAGUGUAUAAUUCAGUGGCAUUAAGUACAUACACAAUGUUGUGUGACUAUCACAACCAUUCAUUCCUAAAACUUUUUCAUCACCUGAAGCUAACUAUAAUCAUUAAACAUUAAUUCCCUACCCCUCCUCUCUGCAGCCCCUGGUAGCUUCUGUUCUACUUUCUAUCUCUCUGUAUUCUGGAUACCUCAUCUAUGUGGAGUAAUAUAAUAACUGCCCUUUUGUGUUUGGCUUAUUUCAUUUAGCCUAUUUUUGAGGUCUGUCCAUGUUGUAGCAUUGUUACAUGUGUCAGAAAUUCAUUCCUUUAGAUGAAUGCGGUAAUACAUGUAUAUACCACAUUUUGUUUAUACAUUUAUCUACCAGUGGACAUAUUGCUUCUACCUUUUAGCCAUUGUAAAUAAUGCUGCUAUGAAAAUGGAUGUACAAAUAUCUCUUUGAGACCCUAAUUUCAAUUCAUUUACGUAUGGUCCCAGAGAAGAAUUGCUGGAUCAUAUGGUAUUCCUUUUUUUAAUUUUUUGAGAAACCACCCUACUGUUUUCCAUAGCAGCUGCACCAUUGUACUAACAGUGCACAGGAUUCCAGUUUCUCCACAUCCUCACCAACAUUUGCUAUUUUCUGGGGUUUUGUGAUGGUAGCCAUCCUAAUGCGUGUGAGGUUGUAUCUCCUUGUGGUUUUGAUUCGCAUUUUGCCUGAUGACUGAUGAUGUUGAACAUCUUUUCAUGUAUUUAUUGGCCACUUGUAUAUCUUCUUUGGAGAAAUGUGUAUUCAAGUCCUUUGCACAUUUUUGAGUUGAUUUUUUUUGUUGUUGAGUUAUAGAAGUCCUUUAUAUAUUCUGGGUAUUAAUCCCUUAUCAGACAUAUGACUUACAAGUAUUUUUUCCCAUUUCUCCCAUUCUGUGGAUUGUUUUUUCACUCUUGCUAGUGUCCUUAGAUGCACAAAAGUUUUUAAUUUUGAUGAAGUCCAGUUUAUCUAUUUUUUUCUUUUGUUGCUUGUGUUUCUGGUGUCAUGUCCAAUAAAUCAGUGGCAAAUUCAAUGUCA